AUGGAUGAUGAUUGGGCACCGUUACUGAACAAGGAUUGUAUGCUGUUCUCACCGAAUGGUAUAUCGCUCGAGGAUGAUUUCCAUUUGACCAGCCUCGAUUUCACCUCAUGCGAUAAGGUCAUCAAAUCCGAACCUCAGGAGGAAACUAGUGACUACCACGGCUCUUCUUCUGGAAGCCCUUCUUCCUCGCUGUCGAGUCCCGAUAUGAAAGACAAUCUUGGCGUCGAUUUGUCCUUCUGCAUACCUUUCGGUAGCAACAUUCAUCCGUUCUUGAACAGUCCUACGAGCAGCAGCGGUAGCCCAUUUGGGUCAAUGUUCCCAGGCGGGACCAUCACUCAACAGAACAGCCCUCUUCCACCAGUUAGCCACUUUUCACACCAAAUUCCACACCAGCAGAGUCCGAAUCAUCAACAGCAUGGUGCACAUCAGCAUCAGAUGCUAACGUCACCAUCGAUUCAUCAAACACAUUCGGCGCUAUCCUCCUUUAAUGGAGCCAGCAAUCAGGAAACUAUCACAUUCUUCGACACAAUCGACGAUCGUACCCCAUCGCCGCCCACGUCCGAUCGUAGCUCUCCCGCUAAUGGGUUGUUGGUGGGAAAUGCGAUCUACGACGGGUGUAACGGUUCGAACACAUUUUCCAGUCAUGGUGGUAUGGUGAAUGGUCUGACUGUGGCUCAACAGCAGUUGAAGUCGCGAAGCAAAAUGCACGAGAUGGCUGUGCGUCAGCGGCUCAUCACUGAUCAGGAUCCUCGUAGCCAGGGUAUGGUGCAGCUAUCGGCCGAAGAAAAAAGAACACUCGUUCAGGAAGGAUAUCCGGUACCCACGCGACUUCCGCUUUCCAAAGCUGAAGAGGAAUCGCUGAAGAUAGUUAGACGAAAGAUCAAGAAUAAGUUGUCUGCCCAGGAAUCACGCCGUAAACGUAAAGAGUACAUGGACACUCUUGAAUCUCGUUGUCAAGCCUACUUCAACGAGAACACACAGCUUAGAAAAGUAAAUGGUAGUAGAUCGCGUGAGACAGCUAGAAAUGUCCAACCAAAAGCUGCUAAUGCAAGUGAAGAAAUUUCAGGAUAUGAUGGGUACAAAUCCUUCUCAUUCCGACAUCAAUACCAAUCAUUAGCGACGACAUGA